UGAUAUGUUGAGUCAAUCAAUCAGUAGACGAAUAUCUGACUGACUGGGAACACAUAUGAGCACGAAAACUGGCCCUCGUGCCCGCAAGCAAUGUAUGGAUUUGCUUGGUGUUCGCAUACAGUCAAUGGCUCGGAGCAUUGGGCAAAGAAAUCGAUGGAUUGAAGACCCCCAGGGCAUUUGCUAAUCGUCUUAGUUCGUCGCCAGAAUCCAUUGACACCGUGGAGAAGAACGGUGCCGCCGUGCCCCAUAAACGUUAUGUGCCGACAUCGAUCACGUGGCGCCGAGAUGCAACGAGGCUUGAGCAUUGUGAACAACUUCUAAGACGUCUGGCAAACCCAGCAGCCGCGGCGUUGACGCUGUAUGCCUCUGACCACCACCACCAUUAACGAGUUACCAUGUUGAACCGAAUACGCUCCUCACGUGCACCCUCCCCGACACCUACUACCUUCUCCGGGAUUUCUAACUACCGUACAGAGUCCUAUCGUCCGAUCAAGGAUAAAGGCAAUGUCCCGGCCGUGCCAGCCGUAAACUCGAGGGUAAUCGCACGCACACAUUUUGACGAGUUGGCUAGUUUUCUAGUAUCAUAUCUUGUGAAAGCUCCGCAGGAGUCGCGAGCCCACGCACGCUCAAAAUUGACCAAUCUUACGAGGCAGCAGUUCCAUGAAUUAUCAACCGAUGUGUAUGACGAACUCGUUCGACGUCGAAGGAACUCCCCCGAGAACGACGUUCCAUUCCUUCCCGUACGUGAUGAAUUUCAUCCGAAGCGGAAUCAGGCGCGCCAGAAAUUGGCAACGCUGCCCAGUGCCAAGUUUGAAGAUCUUUGUAGCGACGUCUACUUUGAAAUCAUGAGAAGAUAUCCCGAAUUCACAGAGUCGGAGGACCAAGGGGUGGCGUCCCCUGCGUCAGCAUAUGACGACGUGCCCUCGCCUGAGUUCCACACAUCCCCACGGUCCGACAUACCCAUACUCCCACCCAACGCCCGUACUGGGCGACCAUCUGAAGAUCGGGGCAGCGCACGCGAGGAAGAGAUUCGGCGGAGCGAAGACACCUACGCAUCCCGGCGAAAAGCAUCCCAGGACUACGGGGCGGAUUUUGGGCGAAGACCAAGUGCCUCCGCGAGUAUCCGCAGUGACUCGACAGGGACCACAAAUGCGCAGAGUGCGACUGCAACGAGCGGGAUGGUGAUCCCAAACAAGAGUACUAUCGCAGAGGAAGAGAUUGAGGUACCGUACGGGCGGGAGAUGCGGGAGAGCUCUGGAACAGCAAUUGAUACACGUGAAGGCGUCAGGGAACUGGAUACCACCGACGGCGAACACGAGCACUGGGACCAGCGGGGUACCCUGGGCGGGCUUAACGGGUUGAGCGCGCGGCUCAGAAACGUACAUACUGAAGACGAUGAUGCAGGGGACGUGAGGAGCGACGAGUAUGAUAAAGUCUCUCUGGGGCGCGCCUCAGUGACGUCCGAUCGCUCGAUUGGUGGGUCGAGGAUACCCAGUGUAGCGGGUGAUGAACAAGAGCGGCUGAGGCGAGAUUACGAGUUCAAGAUCGCCACGAUGCAGAGUCGUAUCACGAGUCUCGAACGAGACCUUGAGCAACGGGAGCUGGACACGCAGCAGACGGCACGCCAGUUAGAAGAGGAACUGGAAGGCUUCCGAAAGCGUGCCGAAGAGCAUGGAUCCGCUAUGAAGGCGCUGCAAAGGGAGCUGGACGAUCUUCGGGACCUCCGUGCAAGAGAGAAGGAACGCGAAGCCAGACGAGCGCAGGCUGAUGAGGAAGAAUUGCAGAUACUCCGUGAUCGAUGCGAACGCCUCGAAGAAGAGCGCAUUUCUGGCGUCGGGAUAGAUAACAGCGAAAUCAUCGAGCAGCUGCGCGCCGAUAUGGAAGGCUUGAUGAUUGAACUGAGCGAUCUGUCACGCAGGAAUGACGAGUUGAUGACUGCAAAGGAUUCGGAUCUCACUGUGAUUCGUGAUCUGGACAGCCAGCUCAAAGAAUACAAGCGCAAGUAUGAGCAAGCCAAAACCGAGCUCAGAAGUGUUAAAGCGACAUCCCAGCUCUUCCUGCAGGCGCCCAAGAUGGAAGAUCAACUGCCAAUGGGUCCUGACGGGGGCCUCGUCGACAUCCACGUCACUGCCUUUGUGUCCGCCAUUGAUGGUCUUUUGACUGCUGGACGUUCCAGCGCUCCUACACGCGUUCUAGUGCCGAUGAAAGCCGUCGUCACAUCUACUACCGCCAUCAUUGAUGACGUCCGGGCAUACGAACAACGCCCAUCCCGUGCAGAUGUCGACCUCGAGAUCCUACACACUCUCCGCGAGCGCGCUGAGGCGACUCUGACCAACCUUGUAGCCGCAUCCAAGACGCAUGCCACCGCAUCCGGCAUGUCUCCCGUGAGCCUAUUGGACGCAGCCGCGAGCCACGUCUCCGUGACGCUGACGGAGAUCGCAAAGAUGAUCUACAUCCGCAAGGCUAGCCGGGCCGAGCAGGAGGAGUUUGUCUCUUCCUCAAGCUCUGGUUCACUGUCGUAUCUAUCGUCUGCGCGCUCGACGGAAGACGUGAGACCGGCCUAUGAACGCAAGACCUCUAACUUUAGCAUAAAACGAUCAGAAGAUGUUGUAUCGCCCCCUAUGACCGCAGCAUCACGCUUUGCGGAGGCUCAUACCCGACGAACACCGUCCGAGCCAUCUAGCUCACUAACAAGUUCUCCUCCGCCUAUAUUUGACAAGUCUCCUAUCACCAGCGCAAUGGGUGCAAUCAGCGAUGAUUCAGCACCACCUGAAGGCGGCGAGGACGCAUGGUCCGAGCUCAAGCCCUACCUCGAAGCCCAGACUGAGUCUAUUGUCUACGCGAUCCAAAGCGUCCUUUCCGGCGUACGCAGUCCUGUGCCGCCGCCGACGUUGAACGAGAACCUGACGCAGAUCAUCACGAUCGUGUCGAGUAUCGUCGCGGUGUGCAGCGACAACCUCCCGCCCGUGUCUGCGCAGCAGGGUGCAGAGCUAUUGCGGGAGCUAGGCGAGCACGCACAGAAGCUGUCUGAGGUACAGACACUGCCGGAGGUGACCAAGGAGUCGCGGCAGGUCAUGGCGAAGUCGAGCUUUGCGGUCGCGAAUGCGAUGAAGGGGCUUAUGAAGUUGUAAUUUUGAAGGAAGGUGUGAUGCGAUUAGAAUGGGUGGCUGGCCCAUGCAUUGACGUGUGAUGGUAGAGGAUGGAGUAAGAGACGUGGAUCUUCGUUAAUUAUGAUAUGCUCCUUGUAGUUCAGUUGUUUAGAU